AUGGAACAAGUGGUACGUCGAGUAUCUCCCCAGUCCAGUUUCAGCUCAUUGACACCUCCAGAUGGUGGAUGGAGAGCUUGGUGCGUCUGCUUCUCUGGUCAUUUGGUCUACAUGAACACAUGGGGUUGGGUUAACUCUUUUGGUAUCUUUCAGGCUUACUACGUUGACAAGCUCAAUCGAUCGGUGAGCGAAAUCUCGUGGAUUGGAUCCAUUAGUGUCUUUUUGCUGUUCUUUGUGGGAACCCUUACGGGACGGUUGGUCGAUGCUGGGUACUUUCGGUAUGUCUUCGUUACCGGCAUUUUGCUGCAGGUUGUGGGCGUCAUGGUUACUUCGGUGGGUUCCGAGUACUGGCACUUUUUUGUUGCUCAGGGAGUUCUGGUUGGACUUGGUCAUAGCUGCGUUUUCUGCCCUGUUCUUGCGGUGCUGUCAACGUACUUUGCUAGACGACGUGCUUUGGCUAUGGGCAUCGCUGCUUGUGGGAGUGCUACGGGGGGUAUGGUGUUUCCUAGUCUUGUGAGGCAGCUUCUGCCAAAGCUGGGCUUUGCUUGGACGUUGAGGAUCGCGGGUCUCACGCAAUUGCUGACGCUCUCUUUAGCUUUGGUGUUUGCCAAGCCUAGAAUCAAGCCUCGUGGUUCAAACCCACUCGUAGAUUGGUCUGCCUUCAAGGAUGUUGAGUAUGCCUUGUACGUUACAGCGUCCUUCUUUACCUGCUGGGGCGUGUAUCUCGCAUACUACUUCAUUCCUGCAUAUUCACAGAUUGCCCUUGAUCCCCCCCUCACAUACACUGAAUCCCUCGACCUGCUCAUGAUCCUCAAUGGUGUUGGUAUCGUCGGCCGUCUGGCAUCCAGCUGGGUCGCCGACCAUACAGGCGCCAUCAACGUAUUCGCACCGCACGCCCUCGCAGCGUCUCUACUGCUGUACUUUUGGAUGCUAGUGACAGACAAGGCAGGUCUGUACGCUUGGGCAGUUAUAUACGGCAUCAUUGCAGCGGCCAUUCAAAGUUUGUUCCCCACGGGUGUAUCAUUACUGACGCAGGACCUCAGCAAGAUUGGCGUCCGGAUGGGUAUGGCGUUUACGGUUGCGAGUUUCGCGGCGUUAACCGGGCCCCCUAUUGCAGGUGCUAUCAUUGAUGUUGAGGGAGGAUACUAUGGUGCGCAGGCAUUUGCGGGAAGUGUCCUGGCCAUGGGUGGAGGGUUGUUGAUGAUUGCCAAGGGAAAGCAUAUGCGAAGAACUGGGGCAGGGUGGAUGGGCAAGAUUUAA